UGAGAGGAAGAUGACAUGAUGGGACAGUUCCCAGAGGAUGUGAUGGGUGGCUUCACCACAGAAGAACUGGAAUGCAAGAUCUGCUACUGUGCUUACAGCCUGUCAAGUCGACGUCCGAAGGUACUUGAGUGCUGUCAUUAUCUGUGUUCCAAGUGCCUUGCAAAAAUCCUUGAUUUGGGUGAAGCAUCUCCCAAUGCAGUGGUCUGCCCGUUUUGCCGCUAUAUCACAGACCUUCCCGGAGAGGCCGUGGACAAUCUACCAGAUGAGUACAACCUGGUGACAGCCCUUUCCAUCCAGAAACGGAAACAUCAGAAUCUGCUUCAGAGGCCGGGCGAGGUUCUCCUCAGCCCCAGACACCUUACUUCCCUGGUGGGUCACUCUGCAUCGGCCUCCCCGACGUCCAUUCGUUCCAAUUACGUGGUCAUCACCAUUAUGGAACCUCAACAGGAGGCUGUUGUACCACCUCCACGUAGGGAUUACCGCUCUUCUAGUCUGGACUCCAUGGCCUCUGUUACACAGAGAUGGACAGUGUGGAACUGUGCAGCUCUUCUAUGCCAGACAUUAGCACAGGCUCUGGUUUGGCUGCUGGUUCUGCUCUAUUUUAGCUCAUUGCCCUUAGGUGUCUAUCUACUUAUCAUGCAGGUAACAACGCUUGGGGUACUGCUGGUCAGUGUUGUUCCUAUCAGUCUUCUCAUUAUUAUGGUGUACGGCCUUUGCCAAUGUCUCUGCCGUGAGCUUUGGGGCUGUGUUCCAAUGUAA